GAGCACAGGGAGGGAACUGAAAGGGUACAGUUUGUUCUGACUCCAUUUUGAGCCGAUCGGAGCAGAAGGAGGAAACUAAAAACUAAAUACUGAGGACUAAAGACUGAGACAGAUGUGUGCAGGACAACAAGGGAGCGUCUCAAGUCUCUUAACUUCAUCCACAUUUCCCUCACUUACAUCUUUCCCUUGCAUGAGGAUGCAUGGAGAGACGUGAGGAAACCAUUCGAGGAGAGAGGAGAGAGAUAUGUGGUUUUAGAAAAACGACUUUGGAAGAACUUCUCUGAUGAUUAAAGUAAAGUACGGAGGGGGCACCACCAAAACUGACCCAAAAAGACACAGAACAGGAGGCAGGACUGCAGAUGAGAAGAUGAGUGUCUGUGCGGAGGAAGAGGAGGACGGAGCAGAGCCUGCAGUGUCCAGCUGUCUGUCUAUGAAGAGUGACCGGUCCAAUGAUCCACCUCUGAACUUCAGUAAUGAACCUGGACCCUCAGACACAAAAGUUCAGUCCAACAGACGAAGAGCAGAGUCUGCAGUGUCCAGCUGUCUGUCUAUGAAGAGUGACCGGUCCAAUGAUCCACCUCUGAACUUCAGUAAUGAACCUGGACCCUCAGACACAAAAGUUCAGCCCAACAGACGAAGAGCAGAGUCUGCAGUGUCCAGCUGUCUGUCUAUGAAGAGUGACUGGUCCAAUAAUCCACCUCUGAACUUCAGUAAUGAACCUGGACCCUCAGACACAAAAGAGAGGAAGAGGAGGCAGCUGUCCUGCUGUGUUUUGUGUCAGGAUGUCCUGAAGGAUCCAGUCUCUACCAGCUGUGGACACUGGUUCUGCAGACAGUGCAUCACCUCAUACUGGUACCAGUCUGCUUCAUCAGGAGACGCCUCCUGUCCCCAGUCUGGAGAAAGACCCAGAAUAAGACAAACAGAUGGUGGUCUGCAGGAGGUUUUAGAUGAACAUAAGAUUGGUCUGAGGAGGAGAUGUGAACGUGUGACUGAAGGAACUGAUGAAACAGGAAGUGGAACCCUCCUCAACAGGAUCUACACUGAGCUCUACAUCACAGAGGGACAGAGUGAAGAGGUUAAUACCCAACAUGAGGUGAGACAGCUUGAGACAGCUUCCAAGAAGAAGACCUUCCAUGAGACUCCAAUCAGGUGCCAUAACAUCUUUAAAGCCUUACCUGACCAACAGAGACACAUCAGAGUGGUUCUGACAAACGGCGUCGCUGGCAUUGGAAAAACCUUCUCAGUGCUGAAGUUCACUCUGGACUGGGCAGAGAGCUUGGAGAACCAAGAUGUCAGUCUGGUGGUUCUGCUUUCGUUCAGGGAGCUGAACCUGAUCAAAGAUGAGCAGUACAGUCUUCUCAGGCUGCUCCAUGUUUUCCAUCCAACAUUACAGAAGGUCACAGCAGAGCAGCUCGCUGUCUGUAAACUUUUGUUCAUCUUUGACGGCCUGGAUGAAAGCAGACUUUCACUGGAAUUCCACAACAAUGAGGUUGUGUCUGACGUCACACAGAAGUCUUCAGUCAACGUGCUGUUGACAAACCUCAUCAAGGGGAAUCUGCUUCCCUCGGCUCUCGUCUGGAUAACUUCCAGACCUGCAGCAGCCAAUCAGAUCCCUCCUGAAUGUGUUGACAGGGUAACAGAAGUACGAGGCUUCACUGACCCCCAGAAAGAGGAGUACUUCAGGAGGAGAGUCAGUGAUGAAGAUCUGUCCAGCAGAAUCAUCUCACACAUCAAGACCUCCAGGAGCCUCCAAAUCAUGUGUCUAAUCCCAGUCUUCUGCUGGAUCACUGCUACAGUUCUGAUCCACAUGUUGACUACAGACCGGAGAGGAGAGCUGCCCAAGACCCUGACUGAUCUGUACUCACACUUCCUGUUGGUUCAGACAAAGAGGAAGAAGCAGAAGUAUGAUGAGGGACAUGAGACGUGUCCACAGGAGCUGAUGGAGGCUGACAGGGAAGUUCUUCUGAAGCUGGGGAGGCUGGCGUUUGAACAGCUGGAGAAAGGAAACAUCAUGUUCUACCAAGAAGACCUGGAGCAGUGUGGUCUUGAUGUCACAGAGGCCUCGGUGUACUCAGGAGUUUGUACAGAGAUCUUCAAAAGAGAGAGUGUGAUCUUCCAGAAAACAGUCUACUGCUUUGUUCAUCUGAGCAUUCAGGAGUUUCUGGCUGCAGUCUACAUGUUCCACUGUUACACCAACAGCAACACAGAGGUACUGGAGGACUUCCUGGGAGAAGGAUAUGUUGAUUUAUCUCUGGACGUCUUCCUGAGGGAAGCAAUGAUAAAAUCCCUCAAAAGUAAAUAUGGCCACCUGGACCUGUUUGUUCGCUUCCUCCAUGGCCUCUCUCUGGAGUCCAACCAGAGACUCUUAGGAGGUCUGCUGGGUCGGACAGACAACAGUCCUGAAUCCAUCCAGAGAGCCAUCAACAACCUGAAGGAGAUGAACAGUGAUGAUAUCUCUCCUGACAGAAGCAUCAGCAUCUUCCACUGUCUGAUGGAGAUGAACGACCACUCAGUCCAUCAGGAGAUCCAAGAGUUCCUGAAGUCAGAGAACAGAUCAGAGAAGGAACUCUCUGAGAUCCACUGCUCAGCUCUGGCCUACAUGCUGCAGAUGUCAGAGGAGGUUCUGGAUGAGUUGGACCUGCAGAAGUACAACACAUCAGAGGAGGGACGACGGAGACUGAUCCCAGCUGUGAGGAACUGCAGAAAGGCUGUAAUUUCUGACUGUAGACUCUCAGAAACUCACUGUGAAGUCAUGGCCUCAGCUUUGAAGUCCAACCCCUCCCAUCUGAGAGAGCUGUACCUGAGUGGGAACAGCCUGAAUGAGUCAGGAGUGAAGCUUCUGUCUGCUGGACUAAGGAGUCCAAACUGUAGACUGGAAAAUCUGAGAUUGAGGAGCUGCAGGUUGUCAGAGAUCAGCUGUGAUUAUCUGGUCUCAGCUCUGAAGUCCAACCCCUCCCAUCUGAGAGAGCUGGACCUGAGUAACAACAAGCUGCAGGAUUCAGGAGUGAAGCUGCUGUGUGGUUUUCUGGAGAGUCCACACUGUAGACUGGAGACUCUGAGAUUGAUCAACUGCAGUUUGUCAGAGAUCAGCUGUGAUUAUCUGGUCUCAGCUCUGAUGUCCAACCCCUCCCAUCUGAGAGAGCUGGACCUGAGUAACAACAAGCUGCAGGAUUCAGGAGUGAAUCUGUGUGGUUUUCUGGAGAGUCCACACUGUAGACUGGAGACUCUGAGAUUGAGGGACUGCAGUUUGUCAGAGAUCAGCUGUUCUUCUCUGGUCUCAGCUCUGAAGUCCAACCCCUCCCAUCUGAGAGAGCUGGACCUGAGUGACAACAAGCUGCAGGAUUCAGGAGUGAAUCUGUGUGGUUUUCUGGAGAGUCCACACUGUAGACUGGAGACUCUGAGAUUGAAGAGCUGCAGGUUGUCAAAGAUCAGCUGUUCUUCUCUGGUCUCAGCUCUGAAGUCCAACCCCUCCCAUCUGAGAGAGCUGGACCUGAGUGACAACAAGCUGUAUGAUUCAGGAGUGAAGCUGCUGUGUGGUUUUCUGGAGAGUCCACACUGUAGACUGGAGACUCUGAGAUUGAUUUACUGCAGUUUGUCAGAGAUCAGCUGUGAUUAUCUGGUCUCAGCUCUGAAGUCCAACCCCUCCCAUCUGAGAGAGCUGGACCUGAGUAACAACAACCUGCAGGAUUCAGGAGUGAAGCUGCUGUGUGGUUUUCUGGAGAGUCCACACUGUAGACUGGAGACUCUGAGAUUGAGUUGGUGCAGGUUGUCAGAGAUCAGCUGUUCUUCUCUGGUCUCAGCUCUGAAGUCCAACCCCUCCCAUCUGAGAGAGCUGGACCUGAGUGACAACAAGCUGCAGGAUUCAGGAGUGAAGCUGCUGUGUGGUUUUCUGGAGAGUCCACACUGUAGACUGGAGACUCUGAGAUUGAGUUGCUGCAGUUUGACAGAGAUCAGUAUAGAUUAUCUGAUCUCGGCUCUGGAGUCCAAUCCCUCCCAUCUGAGACGGCUGGAGCUGAGUGGAAACUCCGACCUGGAGGAUUCAGGAGAGAACUUGGAUGGUUUUAUGUCAAAUCCACUGGAGACUCUGAGGAAAUACAGAGAGCGAAGGAGACACAGGGGCCUGUACAACUGAGCAGGAUUUGGGUUAUAGAAGUACGUUCAGGAUUAAGUGCUGUGAGAGGGGCUCUCCUGAGGGAAAGAGUGUUCAGAGAUCAACAAAGUCCUUUGCUUUUAUAUGACAAUGUUUUAUAUGAAUGUUUUAUUAUUCUUUAAGUAUAAGAAUACAUCUAAGCAUCACCUUAUUUUAAUAGAAUCCUCUGUCGUGCUGUAAACACUGCCCCUUUUAUGAACAUGUUCAUAGCUGGAUUGAGGAACCCUGGGUAAAUUCAUGUUACUGCUUAGUCUCAAAUGUUAGGGAUGGUGAAGCCAGAUAACUAUAAGAUAUCCUGGGUAUGUUGACCUGGUUUUGUAGUACAAAGUGGGGAGGAGUCCUACCAAUGGCGACUUCAGCUCUGUCUCCUAGAAAUUAGGUUUUUAUACGACUAAUCUGCAGCAGCAAAUACGUUUCCACACGUUUCCGCCGCCUCCACAAACACCACGUUACAUUAAUGUAGUGUUUCAGAAAUCAUUGUCUCUUAACAUAAAGCUGGCAGGUAUUACUUGGUCUAACUUUGGACCCUUAUCACAUAUUUAUCCACAGUAUAUAUGUUUAUAUGCACACCUGUCUACAAUUUGUUCUCAUUAUGUAUAUACAUUAUAAGUACAGCUCAGCACUGAAUCUGAAAAAACAUUCACAGAAAUAAAAUGUAAAAACUGUUUUAAAGAUUGUUUUAGAGAAUAUAAUUCUCUUGUGUUGAAUUUCAUAAGAAAACUAAAGAAAAACAUUUUCUUUAGUAAGAAUAUGUAUCAAGAUAUGAGUUUUACUGCUAUACUGUGACAGUGUGUCACCAUUUUAAAUGCAUUUAAAUAUGAGAUAUGAGAAGUCAAACAUAUUGAGCCGUAUCCAAUACAAUCUGCACUAUCAAUGUGUAUGAUAUUAUUUUAAUCAUUAAAAAACAAACAUCAA